AUAGAAUAGAUGCUCAGAUUCUUUGGAAGGGAGAGACGUUGGGGUGAGCUGCUUGCUGCUGCUUUUCAUAGAAAGAGGGAAAUGUUGCUGGUGACUACUUGGUUUCAAACUGUGGGUUUUUUUAGCAGCUUUAUAUGUAGUUAGUCAAGUUCUUAACCUGCAAAUAAGGUGUGGGGUACUGUUUAUUUUGCUAAUUUUUUUUCCUAGCAUUAUUUUUAGCAUGUAGCUAUUUGGUAUGUAAUUAAAAAGUGCUUUUUAAAUUUGUGGAAGACAGGUUAUAUUUCUACGAAUUAGUAAGAUUAUUUCCCAAUUAUUGAAAACAGAAUGUCCUACAAGAAGGCAGUUUUUUUCUGGUAUGAUGAUCAGCUACAACUGUAGCUGUCUCUGUGGUAAUUUUACUAAGGCUCUCUUUAUUUUGUAUCAGCUCAUUCAUUUUAAUUAGUCAGAAGUAUGUUAAAAUGCUAUUCAAAAUAUAUUAUUUUUUUGAUGGAGAGAAGAACUUUUAGCUUGAUUUUUUACUGGGGUGAACAUUUUUGUUUCUGAAAAUGGUUAGAUUUCUUUGAUCAUAAGUUAGAAAAAUACAGGCAGAUUCAUAAUGCAUGUGCAGAUAAUAAUGUAAGUUAGAAAAAUAAUAUGGAAUUUAAAAUUGAUUUAAUCAUUUGUAUAGGCACAUAAAUGACUGUAAUGGCAAUUUUUAUUCUACAGGCACUACCUACUUUAGACUAGAAUAAAUUGUUUCAAAGCCUUUUUUUUCCCCCUUUAGUUGAGUCUGCCUCACUUAAUAAAUUUAGAUAGGAUUUGAGAGAGAAAGGUGUCUAGAUCUAUGUCAGCUAGGUGGACGAACCUUUGUAAAUGCAGGUAGCAUCAUCUGCUCAGGUACCUGACAAUGACGAGCAGUUUGUGCCAGACUAUCAGGCUGAAAGUUUGGCUUUUCAUGGUCUCCCUGUGAAAAUCAAGAAGGAACCCCAUAGCCCAUGUUCAGAACUUGGCUCUGCUUGUAGUCAAGAGCAACCAUUCAAAUUCAGUUAUGGGGAAAAGUGCCUGUACAAUGUCAGUGCCUAUGAUCAGAAGCCACAAGUGGGAAUGAGGCCCUCCAACCCACCAACGCCAUCCAGCACUCCUGUGUCACCACUGCACCAUGCCUCCCCAAACUCAGCUCAGACUCCUAAACCUGACCGGGUUUUCCCUGCCCAUCUCCCUCCAUCCCAAUCCAUUCAAGACAACAGCUUCCCUAUGGACCACAGAUUUCGCCGCCAGCUCUCUGAACCUUGCAAUUCUUUUCCACCUUUGCCUGCAAUGCCGAGGGAAGGACGUCCAAUAUAUCAGCGGCAGAUGUCUGAGCCUAACAUCCCCUUCCCGCCUCAAGGUUUUAAGCAGGAGUAUCACGAUCCAGUUUAUGAACACAAUGCCAUGGUUGGCAGUGCAGCCAGUCAAAAUUUCCCCCCUCCUCUGAUGAUUAAACAGGAACCUAGAGAUUUUGCAUAUGAUUCAGAAGUGCCUAGCUGCCAUUCCAUUUACAUGAGGCAAGAAGGCUUCCUGGCUCACCCAAACAGAACAGAAGGUUGUAUGUAUGAAAAGGGACCUAGGCAGUUUUAUGAUGACACUUGUGUUGUUCCAGAGAAGUUUGACGGUGAUGUCAAACAGGAACCAGGCAUGUACCGUGAGGGACCCACAUAUCAACGGCGAGGCUCACUUCAGCUGUGGCAGUUCUUGGUAGCUCUUCUCGAUGACCCAUCAAACUCCCACUUCAUAGCAUGGACUGGCCGAGGCAUGGAAUUCAAGCUGAUUGAGCCGGAGGAGGUGGCACGUCGCUGGGGGAUUCAGAAAAAUAGGCCAGCUAUGAACUAUGAUAAACUUAGCCGAUCACUUCGCUAUUAUUAUGAAAAAGGAAUCAUGCAAAAGGUUGCUGGAGAAAGAUACGUCUACAAGUUCGUUUGUGACCCUGAAGCGCUUUUCUCCAUGGCCUUUCCAGACAACCAGCGCCCCUUACUGAAGACUGACAUGGAGCGCCACAUCAAUGAGGAGGACACUGUUCCCCUGUCCCACUUUGACGAGAGCAUGGUCUACAUGCAGGAUAGUGGCUGCUGCAACACCCACCCAUAUAAUGAAGGCUACGUCUAUUAACAACAGUGACAGUAAAGGGGGUGUUUUCCCCUCUCUUAGGCUUCUCCUCUUUCACAAGAGCCAGAGGAAAGCUGAAUCGACUUCAGUUUGUUUUUUAAAUAGUACACUAAAAGGGGCUUUUCCUGUUGCAUUAUUCCUAUGGUCUGCCAUGGACAGCGCACUUUAUUUGAAAGGGGAGGGUUGGAAACUAAACAUUAUUGUGUGUAACAGGAGGAAAAGGGUGGGUUUGCUUUUUAUUAAGUUUGGGAAGGGAACAUACAGGUUUUAAGUACAAAAAAGCUAUAUCAUGUCUGUUUUGUUUCAUAUCAACAUAAGAUAUUGUACAUUUUCUCUGGGUAUCCGUAGUACAGUUAAUUCUCAUUGUGCAAAAUAACCACUUGCUGAUAAUAUCAGCACAGCAUGCCUAGGGCAGUUGUUUCUUGCCAUUCUUAAUUGUCUUUCUGCAGAUAUAAAAGAGAAGCAAAGCGUAUACUGCAGCAUUUAAUUUAGAAAUUUGAAGUGGUGGACCUUGCAGCUUGCCUCCGAAAGCAAACAAAUAUCUCUAGAGUUUUACUUUGUUUGUUUGUUUGUUUGAAGGGCCUCAAAAAAUAAAAUCCCACUUAUUUACAGAGUAGUCUUAAGAACAAGGACUAAGUCACAAAAUCCCUGACUUCAGACUGCAAGCUGCAUGCUGUAACUGUUGCUAUACAUAUAUGGCCAGUGCUAUCACUUGGACAUUCCAAGAUCCAUUUGAGAGUAGUAAUUACAUGUGAUAGGCUGUCUGAUGAUCAUGUCAGCAUUAAAUACGGGAUCAUGAUCAGGACGGAGAAAACAUUUCGUAUCCUUCCAUUUCCUUUGGUACAUAAAUAAGUUAUUUAAUCAAUAGGAAUUAACUGUACUAAGUCACAUAUCUAAUUAUGCUGUUUAGACACAGCAAGCACUCCUUGAGAAAAAUAUCCAAUACACUAAAUAGGUACUUUAGUAAUUUUUAGACAUGGUACCCAUUAAUAUGCAUUUAAACCUUUUACUGCUGUGUUAUGUUGAUAACAUAUAUAAAUACUAGAUAAUGCUAAUGCUUCUGCUGCUGUCUUUUUCUGUAAUAUUCUCUUUGAUGCUGAAUUUACUAUGACCAUUUAUAAGCAAUGCUGUAACUACAGGUAGCAUUUCAGGACAAAAUAGAUGACUUGAACCAUUUAUUGCUUAGAAAAUAGCUUACGCCAUAGCUGUGCUAUAAGCAGCUUUUAUGCGCAUCCACAAAUGACUAGUAAGCUUCAGCUUGCUGAGGAAAGCUCUGCAGAACCUUUUGUGAUAUUCGGUGGAACAGAGAGUAGACGAACUGUCAAUACCAUGAAGUCGCUGUAUGACAUUGUAGUGCUGGCACUGAUGUUACCAAUCAACUUGUUUUGGACACUAAAUGUAAAUGUGAUCAGAUAUGCUCGGAAGACAAUUUCAAUUUUGAGUUCUUUUUUUCCCCAUUGUUUAUGUUUUUAAAUUGGUUGGUUUUUUUUUUUUUUUUUUUUUUUUUUUGAGGGGUAAUCUUAAAUACAAGACACACACAAUAUUCUGUAUGUAAAAUCAAAAAAAAAAAAAGACAAAAAAAGAAGAAAAUUCUAAAGAUUUAUGAGCACCUUUUCUGAAGUGUAAUAUAUCCUAGUUUGAGGGAAGGGAGAGCUGGCAAGAUCAGGAUUUCUUUCUUUGCCCAGUGGAAUUGAAACAGGUGUUAUAUGGAGUGCAUCAUUUUCCUACGUUCUCAAGAAGUGGGAGGAAAAUGAACAUAUAACCAUAAAACAGUAAUUUUCAUCACGAUGGAUGGGUUUCAAAGACAAUCCUAGUUUGUGAGUAAAUUUCCCAUCCUGUGUCAGUUAAGACAUCAGUUAAGCUAUGAGUAUUUUAAUAAGCAAUUAAUCAAAAGUAAAAAAAAAAGUAGUGAUCACUAGAAACCACAGGUGUAUAAAAAACAUUUGAGCAGGUAUUUAAUUUAGUUAGAUCCAGAAGACAACAUAUUUUAUGGGAAUGUGUAUAUGCCUUAAUAUGUCACCUAAUUCCGUUACCUGUAAUUCUCAGUGGCACUUAAAUUUGCAGUGAUCAACCCAGAAUCACAAGUCUCAAAUUGCAGAAUUAGCAAGGAGGAAAGAGCAAAA